AUGCUUGCCCUGCACUCCGCCCAGAAAACUUCUAGCUGCACGCCAAACGUCCUUCCAUGUCGCAUUCACUACGACGGACCUGUCGAGACUGAAGAACGUCACUGGCACCCAGUCAAGGAUGAGAGAGAAGAUAAAUUGACAGCUUACUACCGUGGCCGCAAGCUACGGGGAAGACUUGUUCAAGUUCCCGAGGGCUACCAAGGUGUAGUUGCCUUACCAACAGAUCGUGUCAUUCCAGCGACCAGCAAAAACGACACACCGGAGGAUGCGCUGACUGAAGAGCCAGUCAAAGCUCUUGAGACGCAGGCAACAUUUGACGAUUUUGUUGUUUGGGGCCAUGAACAUUUGCCCGCCGCAGACGAAGCAUUUGUGAAAGGAGUGGAGGAAUGGAUACAACUAGCAGAAGCAAUGCAUGGUGAUUCUCAGAGUCAAGAAAAGACUACACAAUGA